CAUACCUAGGCUUGAAGAGGAACUACAACUCCACCUCCAACUCUCCAAGCCUCCUCCUCUUCCCUGCUAAAGUUUUUCUAUUCGUUUUCUUUUUCAAAUCUCAAAAACUGGACCCCAUUUCUUUUCUAAAUCAAAACAGCAUGGUCGGACCUUCCCUUGACACCACCAACAGUCACCUCAAACCGCCGUCCUCCUCUUCCACCGCUACCACCAUCAAGUUCCUUUGCAGCCAUGGGGGCAAGAUCAUUCCCCGUUAUCCUGACGGCAAACUCCGUUAUCAUGGUGGAGAAACUCGUGUUCUUGCCGUUGACCGCUCCAUUUCCUUCUCUGAGCUGUUGUUGAAGCUUGGGGAGUUGUGUGGGACGAGAGUGAGUCUCCGUUGUCAGUUGCCAAAAGAGGAUCUAGACGCUCUGGUAUCGAUCACCUCCGAUGAGGAUCUAGCUAAUCUCAUCGAGGAAUACGAUCGAGCUGCAACCCCAAAGAUCAGGGCCUUCCUUUUCAUGCCUAAAAAAAUCUCUUCUCCUCUUUCCUCUUCGUCGUCAUCGUCGUCGUCUUCUUCAUCAUCAUCACCAUCUAAUAGCUAUGCUGCCACUGUUGGUUCAGCGGCUUCAACUUCUACACCGAGAUGCUACCAUCAGUUCCCGAAGCCGGUAGCGUAUCCCGUGAAGAAGAUCCUUCCUCACCCUUACUAUGGUUACCAUGUUUAUGGAAACCCUAGCCAUGCCUACAUGGUUCACAACGGGCAUCAUUGGCAAUAGCUGCUCCGGAACUGAACUGAGACGUAUGAGAAGAAAUUGAAAUAUAAAUAGUAAAAGAAAGGGAAAAAAUAUAUUAAAAAAGAAAAGGAAUGGAGCUACCGGAAGCAUAUAUAUGAAUUGUAAUUUGGGGACUGUAAAUCGUUUAGAAGGAUUUGCUUUUUGGUCCGUGGAAAUUAAUGAAUUUUCAGUCCAAUUUCCGAGUUUGGAUGCCCAGAAAAAAAAAAACCAUUUAUUGUGAUGGUUGACGAGGAGAUUCUGGUGGAUAAAGCUGGAAGUUGAUGGAGAAGCAUAUACGAAGGUUCUUCUUUCUGGAAAAUGCAUUAAUCAAGAAAUGGUGAGUGAUAUCAAGCGGGGCAACGUGAUGAUCUCCAUUCAACGAGUACCAUGUUGGUAGAACAAAGCAAAGCUUCAACCUAGGUGUCUAAAAUACAGGGGUAUGAGGUGUUAUAGGAUAUUACACUUUAGAUUUUGAGAAGAAUUCCGGUGAUUUAAUGGUAAGACCAUAGAAGAUUGUCUUUCGCUCUCCUUGUCCAGGCUUAUUGGAGCAGCUGCUCUUUUGAUCAGGGACUUAUGGGCCAUUAAUGUAACCGGUGAUGAGCGGCUUUCAUUUUGACUACAUACUAUCAAUCUGUGCGCUAUGAAGGUGGCAUGGCACACAUUCCAAACUAAAAUGCACUGCACCCGUGGUUUUCUUUAAUUACGAGUAGAUAAUUCCAGAAGUGAAGGCUAUGAAAUUCAAUUGAGGCCAUGUCUUCCGGAAUUUAGCGAAACAUGGAAAAGAGUAAAGACGUACCAAGAGGACCAAAUAACAUUUACAUGAUAGAAACACCAUAAUGCAAGAGGACCAUACCUUGUGUAGCUCAAUGCUCAUGCUCAUCAAUGAGAAAGGCCAAAGUGGCGCUCCUGCUGCAAGGAGAGGAAAGAGCCAUCAUGAUAAGGCUCUCCACUUACUUAGCCUUCAAAAGAAAGAUUCUCUUCGCUGUCCCUAAUUCUGGGGAGAUGAAAAUCAGAGAGAAAUUAAUUAACGAGCAAAACAAACACGAUGAAAGGGAGUUGAACAUUGUUAUCUUAUGAAAGAUAACGAUAAAAUGAAUUAAUGUUACGGUACCCCACCACCGUGUGUCAUCUUUUCUUUUAUUUCUUUUUUCAACUUGCUCGUAAUGGAGGAUGCCACCCAGGACAUGAGCUUGCUUUUGACAGAGAAAGGAAGAUAUUGAUAGUCAUCAAGUGGCAAUCUCGUGGAUCCCACAGAGCGUUCAAUCCCCAUCUGACACUGUAAGGUCACUGUUUGUUUAAUGAGCUGCAAGCAUCGAUGUGGGGUACUAAGUGAAUAUGGAAAGCAGCGAAGCUGAAAUUGAUGAGGUGUAGGUGGGAUCACUAUUAGUGGACCCCUUGGAAUGUUUAACUUCAAAGUGGGUAUUAUCAAGGGAGGGACAAUUUUUCGUAAUAAUUUAUUUCUUGAAUGUUUGUUUUUGGGUCCAUGUGACUGAAGUGGACAAGAUGAUCUUAUACAAAAAUGAAGCUCUACUAUCCACA